GGACCCGAAUUCAUAGCAUACCUAUAUAAUUGGGGCAGGCCACAGGCUAAAACACUAAAACCUCGCUUCUCCCUCCGCAGCGGCGGCAAAGUCCAAACCCUCUGCUUCUGCCAUUUUCUCCGGAUUAAGCAGCGCGAAGAUGACUCUUUCGGACGACGAGAUUACGAGGCUGUUCAGAAUUCACAAGACUCUGAUGCAAAUGCUGCAAGAUAGGGGCUACAUGGGCCCUGAGACGGAACUGAACAGAGCGGACUUCAUUGGGAAGUAUGGUGAGCAUAUGAAAAGAGAGGACCUCGUAAUUCAGAGGGCAAAGCGCAAUGAUAGCUCUGAUCAGAUAUUUGUGUUCUUUCCGGAGGAGAGCAAGGUUGGUGUUAAGACAAUAAAAACAUAUACCAAUCGCAUGAAAUCAGAGAGUGUUUUCAGUGCAAUCUUGGUUGUCCAACAGAAUUUGACUCCAUUUGCUCGUACUUGCGUAGCUGAAAUAUCUUCAAAAUUUCACGUAGAGGUUUUCCUGGAGGCUGAAUUAUUGGUCAACAUAACGCAGCACGAACUUGUUCCCAAGCACCAGCUGCUUACAACCGAGGAAAAGAAGACCUUACUCGAGAGAUACACCGUGAAAGAAACACAGCUACCUCGUAUCCAGGUGACUGACCCUGUGGCGAGAUAUUAUGGGCUAAAGCGUGGGCAAGUGGUGAAAAUUAUUAGGCCAAGUGAGACCGCAGGGCGGUAUGUUACCUAUCGAUAUGUUGUGUAAACUCAUAGAUGCAUGUAUAGUUCUCGUCCAAGUUAACAUUUUGUUCCCUGUAAUGCUAUGGCCAAGCUCAGAACAGAUCCUUCACUUUUUGUAUUUUUGGUAGUUUGCGUUCUGGACGUUAAAUACACAUACACAUACA